CAAUUUAAUAACAAUUAUUACUACGAUGACAGAAGUAACUGCAUAUGAAAUUUUUAAUAAAAUUGAUAAUAAGAAUUAUACACUUUAUGUAGAAUGGUUUCAUUUGUGUCUUAAGAUAAUGUUGUUAAAUUCAACAAUACCACCAUUAACCGGCGAGAUGGAUAGCGAAAGUAUAAAUUAUUUUUCUAGCGAAUUAUCUAAAUCUUCUGAUGAAUACGUCGAAGAGACGAAACAAAUACUUGGUGGAAAAGAUACAAAAAUUCAGUUUCUUGUCAAAAAUGAAAUUUUCGAAUGGAAAAGAAACGCAUGGACUCUCGGGAGAAUUAAACUACGUACUGUUUCAGAUAUCCAAGUAAUUUGUGAAAGUUUUCAACAGCUGUUGAAAUUUUUCCGAAACAUCCAAGAAAAGAUGACGAUAUUAGAAGAAGAAAAUACAAAUUUAAUAAAUGUAAAUAAAGAAUUAAGUUCCAAAAUAGAAAAAAUGAUUGAAAUCAAGAGUACUAUGGAACAAGAUCUAUAUAAGAAGUUUAUAAUAGUUUUAAAUUCAAAGAAAAAGAAAAUUAAAGAAUUAACAGAUGUCAUAGAAGAGAAAGAAAAUACUGAAAAAUCAGUCUUUGAUGUAUGUACAGAUGAAGAAUCAGGAAAAGAAGAUGAAGCUGUAAAAAAUAUUACAAUAUCUACCAAAGUUAGCAAAAAAAAAUCUCUUAAUAAUACUAGUCCAAAAAGUAUUCAGGAAACCAAAAAGGCAAAUCAUAUUAUUAAAAUAAUUCCUAAAGCAUCCACCAGCAGUGAUUGGACAGAAAAUAAGAUAAGUACUUUAAAUAAAAAAGUAGAUGAAAAUGAAGAAGAAAGUUGUAAUCCCAAGAAGUCAAAAAGUAUCUUGAAUUUUGAAGAAGAAUCUGAGGAAGAAUUAUUUUCUUAAUAAUGCAAGUUUAUCUAUUUACAAUUUUUAUUUACAAUUAUACAUCUUUUAAAACAUAGAUUGUGCAAUAAAUAAUUGGAAAUAAUUUAUGUUUCCAAUGUGAGUAAAAAAAUUGUUUAUUACAUUUUAAUGUAAUAAUUCAAAUUUUAUUUCAAUUGAAGAUACAUUAAGCACAUUAAUCUUUAUAGAUUAGACAUUUCUCUAAUCAUAAUUUAAUGUAUCUAAAAUACACGAAUCCAAU